GGUAAGAUGGUGAUCAAACGUCUAGGGACCACAUUGGUGGCCACGAUCUCUCUCUGGUUGAUCUUGAAUACUCACAUUCAAGCCCAAGAGCUAUCCUUAUCCUCCACCAAUGUCCUCAAAUGUUGGCAAUGCGUCGUUUUCAAAGGCUUGCCCACAAGAUGCCCAGAAGAUGCAGUGCUUUAUGAGCUCACAGGAUGGAAUGCUUGCAUGACCUGGAGAUUAGCCAAUGGGACGACUAUCUUGCAAAAUUUUGUGCAACAAGAAACAGAUUGCACGGAGGCUAGCAAAGCACGAUGGAGGAGCAGAAUUUUCGAUAUUUGGCAAAUGGAUGGCAAUGUGGAUUGCUGCACUGAGGACGAGUGCAAUAAUGAAGGGCGCUUAAGUUCGCAAUUGCCCGUCAGUAACGAUGACGCCAACGAUCUGGCUAACAUUAUCCCAAACAGGUUUGCCAACCAAAUCAACAAAAUUAUCCUGCAAUCCACGGCGAACCAAAGAAAUCUUACCCACUUCAUGGAGGAAUCUCAAAUUCAGGGAAUAAUCCAGUUGAGUUGUGCCCAAUGUUCAAGGAUCCCUAACUCAGUUUGUGGGCCUCAAUUUCUUACCCCAUCACAAAGACCGAACAGUCAGAGCUCAACGCCCGUCAUUGACAACCAGGUUCGAAUGGAUUUCAAAUCCAUGGUGAAUACCAUGGGUGCCUCCUCUUCAAAUCAGGAAGCGUGUCGAUGUCUCGAUGGAUUCAUUCCAAUAAGACGGAACAACCAAUUGGAACAAUGUCAUGAUCCAAUCGUUCUUACUGCCGUCAUUGGAAGUCGGUGCCUCAUUAGCCAGCAUUGCUCUAUUAUGAAUCACACCUAUUGUCGAGAUGAUGAGGAACUUCAAAUUGCUACCGGCAUAUCGUCCUACAAGACCUGUCAAUGCAUUGAUGGCUUCCAGAUCAAUGAUAAAGGCCAAUGCGAGCCUUCAGAGGAGGUCCAGCCGUUGUUGAACAACUCGUGUGCCACUGAUGAUGAUUGCUUUGGGAUUGUAAACGCAGCCUGUCGACUAGUCUCCAUGUCAAGUCAGAUUCAAGAGCUCGUGCGAGUCACUCAAGACCGUCUUCAAACCUUUAUUGGAUCAUGUCAAUGUAUGGAAGGCUACAUUCCGAUCACGAACCGAUUCACUGGUCGAUUGGAGCGAUGUCGAGAUCCCAUUGUUCGGACAUCCACCGUUCAUGGCAUCUGCAUCACUCAAAGCCAUUGCCAGUCCCUACUCAACACCGAAUGACGCUCGAUCAGAGGGUCCAGAAUCAAGACAUGCCAAUGCCAAAUGGGAUUUACCGAACUUAUUGAGGACCUGGAGACGGGCAUCAUUUCCGCUUGCACUAGAAGAGUGGGUGCAUCCGAAACCACACAAUUCGUAUUUCAAGACGACCCCAUGUCUCCUCAGGACGACGCGCCAUUGGUUUCGCAAGGUGACUCCAAUCAGUCAGAAAUGGACAUUGAUGGUAUCAUGGCCCAACUCCAAUUCCCCUCCGGGAUUUUGGGCUCCUUUUCCGACAGCCAAAAUGACCCUGUGGAUUAUGAGUCUCAAUCACAAGACAACGUUGCUAACGAGGAUUAUUAUACUGAUCUCACGGACGAGAGCACAACGUUGUCCCCAGUGACAAACACCUUAAGACCACUAGGCAGCACCACUACUUCAAUAUCUCAAACGGCAAAUUCUGGAUGCUCUAAAAAGAUGACGGUGGUGGAACGAAACGAAUGGAUCCCAGAUUGGGUCGCUCCUCUGAGAUUGGAUUCGGUCACUGGCGUGAGAAUGUACGUGUUCUACGCCAAGCUGCCAAUCACUGCUCAAGAAGAAGAUGGGCUUUUGGUGAGAUUGAUGUCCCGGGGUCGAUUGGGUCGAAAUGCCUACUUCAUCAAAAUCUUGAAAAAUCGGAAUGUCAGUAUUGGAAGGAGUUUUCUUGACUCGGAGAGCAUUGAAACGGAAAAUGUGCGAGUAACGGAGAGUUCCACUUCCGUGCGAUGGCUGUCAUCCCAAGAAUAUAUCGGUUUCUGGGCACUUCACGUGAAUGGGUACACCUCAGUUGGGGUGAUCGAUGCCCAUUUCCCCGACAAGCCGUUAGUUUCAUGGCAAGAUGAAGAUCCCUUCAGUGGAAUCGACACUAUCGGCUUAUCCGCCAUUGGAUCAGCAGCCUUCUACGAACUUGACUGUGACUUCAUUUUCUCAUCUCCAGGAGGCAUCUGUGCUCAGAAUCAGGAUUGCGACAAUCUGGCCAACACCGAUUGUCUAAAUGAACGCAUCGAUCGGGAUGUGGUCAUCAGAACGUGUCAAUGCCGUUCAGGGAACAUUCAAAUCCCAGAUAUUCAACGUAGUUUUGUCGGAGGUUGUUUCGAUCCCAUUGGACAGACCAAGACCCUCAACGGCAUGUGCUUAGCUGACCUUCAUUGCUCGGGCUUAGCUUACUCGUAUUGCUUGAAACUCAACCAAUCUGCCACCCAAGGCUUAUGCGUGUGCAACCCAGGAUUUGUUCCCAUGGAACGGAGCAACGAAAAUGGUCUCAUAUUAGGAUGUCGACCUCGAUCGGCGGGAGACUCGCGUGUGGAACUGGAAAAUUGUGCCAUGAAUCUGACAUUGCUGGAACGGCAGGACUGGAUCCCGAUGAAUCUUCUUCCGUUUAGAGCUUCGGAGGAAUCCAACGAAUUCAAGGACUAUUUCUACAUACGAUUUGCCGAGUCGUCUGGGAGCAUCGCGAGCAUUAAGUUACUGAACCAAAGACAAGAUCCCACCAAGUUCUACAAGAUCACAAUCACCGACGGGAAUCGCAUCUCCCUGUUCGAGAACCUUCAGUCUUCCACGUUCUUAUUCGAAGCUAGGAACGAGCAGAUCAUUCGAAAUUCGACUCUGUUCACACCUCCGCCAGCAACCUUCCUGGGAUUUUGGACCUUAUAUCGCGCCAAUUCAGGGCUUUUAGAGGCUGGGAUAAUUGGCCAAAGUCUUCCGGUGGUCACCUGGACGGAUCGGGCCUCUGAUCGGAUGCAAGACAUUAGCUGGAUUGGAUUCGAGACCGAACGCGGAGGACCGAUCGAGUUUGCUUCUAAUUGUUGAAUCAGUUACUAACCUUGGAGAACUUCAGGAGACUAUCGUGAGUGAAAUGAAGAGGCACUCUCGGACAAUCUUCUUCACGAUUGAUUCACAUUGAAUUCAAGAGAUUGCAUAUAAUGUGCAUUUGAAAUUGUAUCGUCCCGUGGAAAUCGCUGUGAUUGUUACUUUCCGAUCCAUUGAUGAAAAAUGAAAGGUUACAAAUAACGAAAAUGCAUACGGCAAACAUAAUAUACGUAGAUGAACAUGCCUAGUCCAGACAUUUUGAAGAAGGGCAAGUCAUUUGGCAUCCCUGAAUUGAUUAAGAAAGGUUUGUUGCACCUACAGGUUC